CAUUAUAGUCAGCAGCCCACCGAGUGAAGGAGACCGAAAUGCAGGAAAAUAUCACGAAAUUUGGCUAAAAUAAUACGCUGAAAAAUGUGCUAUGACGGCUUAAAAGAUUAAAGAACACGUCAGCUCUAGGCGGCAGCAGCAUGUUUAAGAAAUUGCGCAAAAUGUUGCCUGUAAUGCGUCCGGGGCACUGGCUCGUAUUUGCCGUCAUCGUCGUCGUCACCUGUUAUUGGCUGCUGGAGAUCCGGUUGGAGCACGCUUUUAAGCCCCUGUCGAAACUUACAGGCAACGGCGGCAAGGAAACGGAGCAUUCGUCUCUCGCUCGGAAUAUUUCCACUCUGGACAACUUUGACUAUGAGGACCAACUGGUGGUGGUGUACAAUCGUGUGCCAAAGACGGGCUCAACCAGUUUCGUGAACAUAGCCUAUGAUCUGUGCAAGCAGAACAGAUAUCACGUCUUGCAUAUCAAUGUGACUGCCAACAUGCACGUCCUGUCGCUGCCUAAUCAGAUCUCGUUUGUACGAAAUGUGACCAGGUGGCAUGAAAUGAAGCCAGCCCUAUAUCACGGGCACAUGGCAUUUCUGGACUUUUCCAAAUUCCAGAUCGCACACAAACCCAUCUAUAUAAAUCUGGUGCGAAAGCCAUUGGAUAGGCUUGUCUCAUAUUAUUAUUUUCUGCGCUAUGGUGAUAAUUAUCGGCCGAAUCUGGUGCGCAAGAAGGCGGGCAAUAAAAUAACCUUCGAUGAAUGCGUGGUUCAAAAGCAACCCGACUGCGAUCCCAGAAAUAUGUGGCUACAAAUUCCAUUCUUUUGUGGCCAUGCUGCCGAGUGCUGGGAACCCGGCAGCGACUGGGCCUUGAAACAGGCCAAGCAAAAUUUGGUUAAUGAAUAUUUCCUAGUCGGUGUCACAGAGCAAAUGUACGAAUUUGUGGAUCUCCUCGAGAGAUCACUGCCCAGAAUCUUCCAAGGCUUUCGCGAGCACUAUCAAAACUCCAAUAAAUCUCAUUUACGUGUGACCUCAUCGAAGCUACCGCCCAGCGAAUCUACUAUACAAACCAUACAAAGAUCAAAGAUUUGGCAAAUGGAGAACGAUUUGUAUGAGUUUGCCCUGGAGCAGUUUGAAUUUACCAAGAAAAAGCUCAUGCAGCCCGAUAAUAAGCACUUGCAACAGUUUAUGUAUGAGAAAAUUCGGCCAAAAUGAUCGUAUUGGAAAUUCAAGGGUUACAAGACCAAACACAGAACCCGAUAUGGUAGAUUAAAGCUCAAGGGAAGCCUUUAAUAUAUCAGGUUAUACAUUUUUUUAUUUUAUUUUAUGUUUUUUUCAAUAUUGUAUAUAGUUUAUCUAGCUCUGAUAUGUACUUAAAAUCAAGCAAACAACUCGUGAAAGACACUAAAGACUUUAGCAUUGAAUAUCAUUGACAUAUUAGUGAUUUCUCGUAAGUAAUACGUGUUUAGUUAGUUUAAGCCAUGAUAUUAACACUUAAUAACGCUUUCUUAGAGUUAUGUAAGCAAUAUUUAGCAACAAUUGUAACGACUAUUCAAAGCACAAUGUAAUUACUUAUGCGUCUAGUUAAUUAUACUCUGUAUAAGUAUUGACAAUACCAGAAAUUAUGAAAUCUUGAGCGAUACGAAACAUGUGCUGGAUCUGCGCAUACAAUUAGCAACUAGCUUAGAUACUUAGAAUUUAUAUAUAAUGUAUAAGUGUAAUUAUAUUAAUGGACUCUCAAAUGUAUAUCAGCUUUUAGCACUUGUAGCAGACGCAGAUAAACUCAUCAAGUCAAAUACAUGUAAAGACAUGUUCACCAACCGAUUCUAACUUUUCUAAUUGUCGAGUGUGCCCAUCAACAAAUGUUCGUAAGUGAUUAGCUGCAUGCAACUGGUUAAUUGAUUAGAACUGUCAAUAUUUACCUGCACUCACACAAAUAACUAAAAACAUUUUUUUCUUCUGAAUUGCAAAACUUUGUUUAAGUGAAUUGCCCUUAAAACUGAGCAGCAGCUGGUGCGAAAUUCCAUUGAAAUUUAAAAGCUGACGUAUCGUCUGACCGACUGCCGGGCGGGCUGGGGCUAGGCGCUCAGGCGAGGCACAAAUGGAAAUUGAAUUCUUUUUCGGGCACACAAGUGAAAUACUUAAUUAAUUGCUCACGGCUCGAACGUAAAGACAAUGAGUUUGCAUUAUCGUCAGUUGUACAUUUGAACGUAGACACGCAAGUCGUCGUUGGAUCGUUCGACUUGGGCUCGACUUUUAGGCAGUUAAUUAAGAAAUAGUGCUAAGCGUUAAAACUAUUUAAACAGAGUGCGAACACUUAGAUUUCGAACCCGGGCAGCAUUUAUAUUAAAGCGACGUGUUUGAGACUUACAACGGGUUUUAUAUCAUAUAUAAUACUAUAUAUAUAUAUACCCAGUAUAUGUGCAUCUAUAUAUAUGUAUAUACCAUAUAUGAAUCUUACUCAGACUCUUGAUUAGUCUAAUACGGGUUAUGCGUAAUGAGUGGGUUUGUGAUUGAGCGUUCAAAAGUUCAACUAUAAUUACGUCUACUGAUUACACUGUGCUAAAAAGGCAAGCGUAUUAGCUUAUAACAGUUUAACGGGCAGGUAUAACAGUUGUGAAAAUACCGAUUGUUGCGUUUUAUUGCCAAGUGUUGAAUGCAAGAUGUAUAAAAAAGUUUUUAAAAGGCCUGCAUAAGUGUGUAUUUGACAUUGACCUUAGCCCUGUGCCGCGUUUUUUUUUUGCAUUUCUCCUUGGUAUAA